GGAAACGGAGGCGGACCAGGCUCCGCUCCCCAGGUUGGAUGAGCCAAUCAGAGGGCAGCCCGGGUUGCUCGCGUGCCAGGUGUCAUGGCUGCCUGCAGGCUCUGCUGCUCGUGCCUCCGGCUCCGGCCACUGGGCACAGGUCCUCUCCGAGUGCCAGGGCGCUCUCGGGCGCUUACCCCGCUGCAAGUGCGGACACUGUGGGGUGGCCCGGGGUCCCGAUCUGUGGCCGUGGACUUGGGCAGCAGAAAAUUAGAAAUAUCAUCUGGAAAGCUGGCCAGGUUUGCAGAUGGUUCUGCUGUUGUUCAGUCAGGUGACACAGCAGUGAUGGUCACAGCCGUCAGUAAGACAAAACCCUCUUCCACCCAGUUCAUGCCCUUGGUGGUUGACUACAGACAGAAAGCUGCUGCCGCGGGUAGAAUUCCCACAAACUAUCUGCGAAGAGAGAUUGGUUCUUCUGAUAAAGAAAUUCUUACUAGUCGAGUUAUAGAUCGUUCCAUCAGGCCUCUCUUUCCAGCUGGCUAUUUCUAUGAUACACAGGUCCUUUGUAACCUGUUAGCAGUAGAUGGUGUUAAUGAACCUGAUAUCCUAGCCAUUAAUGGUGCUUCUGCAGCCCUGUCAUUAUCAGAUAUUCCUUGGAAUGGACCCAUUGGGGCCGUGCGAAUCGGGAUAAUUGAUGGAGAAUGUGUUGUUAACCCUACACGCAAAGAAAUGUCAGCAAGUACAUUGAACUUGGUGGUUGCUGGAGCACCUCGAAGUCAGAUCGUCAUGUUGGAAGCCUCCGCGGAGAACGUUUUACAGCAGGAUUUUUGCCAUGCGAUCAAAGUAGGAAUGAAGCACACCCAGCAAAUAAUUCAGAGCAUCCAGCAGUUGGUAAAGGAGAUUGGUAUUCCCAAGAGGACACCUCAGAAGUUAUUUAUCCCUUCACCAGAGAUUGUGAAACACACUCAGAAACUUGCCGUGGAAAAACUGUAUGCCGUUUUUACAGAUUAUGAACAUGAUAAAGUUUCCAGAGAUGAAGCUGUGAACAAGAUAAGAUUAGAUACCGAGGAACAACUCAAAGAAAAAUUUCCAGAGGCUGAGCCAUAUGAAAUAAUAGAAUCUUUCAAUGUUGUUUCAAAGGAGGUCUUUAAAAGUAUUGUUUUGAAUGAAUACAAAAGAUGUGAUGGUCGUGAUUUGACUUCACUUAGGGAUAUAAGUUGUGAAGUAGACAUGUUUAAAACUCUUCAUGGAUCAUCGCUAUUUCAAAGGGGACAAACACAGGUGCUUUGUACAGUUACAUUUGAUUCAUUAGAAUCCAGUAUUAAAUCUGAUAGAAUUAUAACCGCUAUAAAUGGAAUAAAAGAUAAGAAUUUCAUGCUGCACUAUGAGUUUCCUCCGUAUGCAACUAAUGAAACUGGCAAAAUUACCGGUGUGAAUAGGAGAGAACUUGGCCAUGGAGCUCUUGCCGAGAAAGCUUUGUAUCCUGUUAUCCCCAAGGAUUUUCCUUUCACCAUAAGAGUUACGUCUGAAGUCCUAGAGUCAAAUGGGUCCUCUUCUAUGGCAUCUGCAUGUGGCGGAAGCUUAGCCUUAAUGGAUGCAGGGGUUCCAAUUUCGUCUGCGGUCGCAGGUGUAGCAGUCGGCUUGGUCACCAAAACUAGUUCUGAUAAAAUGGAAAUAGAAGAUUAUCGUUUGCUGACAGACAUUCUGGGAAUUGAAGAUUACAAUGGCGACAUGGAUUUCAAAAUUGCUGGCACUAGUAAAGGAAUAACUGCCCUGCAGGCUGAUAUUAAAUUACCUGGGAUACCAAUAAAAGUUGUCAUGGAGGCCAUUCAGCAGGCUUCAGUGGCAAAAAAGGAAAUAUUACAGAUUAUGAGCAAAACAAUUGCAAAACCUCGAGCAUCGAGGAAAGAAAAUGGACCUGUUGUAGAAACUGUUCAGGUUCCGUUAUCAAAACGAUCCAAGUUUGUUGGCCCCGGUGGAUAUCAUUUAAAAAAACUUCAGGCUGAAACAGGAGUAACUAUUAGUCAGGUGGAUGAAGAAACAUUUUCUGUAUUUGCACCAACACCUAGUGCCAUGCAUGAAGCCAGAGACUUCAUCACUGAAAUCUGCAAGGAUGAUCAGGAGCAACAGUUAGAGUUUGGAGCAGUGUAUACCGCCACAAUAACAGAAAUCAGAGACACUGGAGUCAUGGUAAAACUAUAUCCAAAUAUGACUGCGGUACUACUCCAUAACACACAGCUUGAUCAGCGAAAGAUUAGACAUCCUACUGCUCUAGGAUUAGAAGUUGGCCAAGAAAUUCAGGUGAAAUAUUUUGGGCGUGAUCCAGCAGACGGACGAAUGAGGCUGUCUCGCAAAGUGCUUCAGUCUCCAGCUACAAAUGUUGUCAAAACUCUAAAUGACAGAAGCAGCAUAGUAAUGGGAGAGCCGGUUUCACAAUCAUCAUCGAACUCUUCUUCCCCAUGA